UGGCUGUCCAGGGCCUGAGUGAUCUAGCUGCCUUGUCACAGCAGCUGGCCGCUGACCAGUCCCGGAGCGGAGUAAUGACUAACUGAGCUUCCUCCGGGAGGGAGGAAACAGUUAAAGUCUUACAGCAGCUGUAAUCAUCGAGGCGUGGUUCUCCUGUCUGACUCAGGCUACACAGAUCCUGGGCCAAGGGGCAGAGACUUCCAGAUGGCUGAGUUGGAUCUGGUGGCUCCAGGGCCGCUACCCGAGGUCACCGCUCAUUCUCCAGCCACUCUCAGCCCAGACUCUGGGUCGGCCAGCCCGGCAGAAGAAGAGGACAUGGGCUCCCUGGGGAGUCCCCAGGGGGAGACUGAGGGUCAGGGCAGCAGCUCCAUAUCGCAGAGGGGUCCUGCUGGUGAGGAGGAGGGGGAGAUCCUGUGUGACUUCUGCCUCGGGGCCAGCAGGGUGAGGGCAGUGAAGUCUUGCCUGACCUGCAUGGUGAAUUACUGCGAGGAGCACCUGCGGCCGCACCAGGAGAACAGCAAACUGCACAGCCACCAGCUGACUGAGCCGGUGAAGGACCGGGACCUGCGCACCUGCCCUGCCCACCACAGCCCCCUGGUCGCCUUCUGCCACCGUGAUCAGCAGUGCAUCUGCCAGGAGUGUCGCCAGAGCGAGCACAGGGGCCAUGCCUCGGUUUCCCUGGAUGCUGCCCGCAGGGACAAGGAGGCUGAGCUUCGGGGCACCCGGUUGGACCUGGAGCGGAAACUCGAGUUGAAUGAAAACGCCAUCGCCAGGCUCCAAGCCAACCAUAAAUCCGUUUUGGUAUCAGUGUCAGAGGUGAAGGUGGUGGUCGAAGAACAGUUUGGGGAACUCCUUGCUGCCAUGAGGAAGGCCCAGGCCGACGUGAUGCUCUUCUUGGAGGAGAAGGAGCAAGCUGCUCUGAACCAGGCCAAUGGCAUCAAGACCCACCUGGAGUACAGGAGUGCAGAGAUGGAGAAGAGCAAGGAGGAGCUGGAGAGGAUUGCGGCCAUCAGUAACACUGUCCUGUUCCUGGAGGAGUACUGCAAGUUCAGGAACACUGAGGACAGUGCCUUCCCUAGUGUUUACAUAGGACUCAAGGAUAAGCUCUCAGGCAUCCGCAAGGUCAUCACGGACUCCACCGUGCACUUAAUCCAGUUGCUGCAGAACUACAAGGAAAAGCUCCAGGAGUUCGCCAAGGAAGAGGAGUAUGACAUCAGAACUCAAGUGUCUGCUGUUGUUGAGCGCAAAUAUCGGCUCUCAAAACCUGAUCCCAGCACCAGGCAACAGUUCCUCCAAUAUGCGUGUGACCUCACCUUGGACCCCGACACGGCACACAGGUAUCUCCGGCUGCAGGAGGACAAUCGCAAGGUCACCAACACCACACCCUGGGAGCACCCGUACCCGGACCUCCCGAGCAGGUUCGUGCACUGGCGGCAGGUGCUGUCCCAGCAGAGCCUGUACCUGCACAGGUACUAUUUUGAGGUAGAGAUCUCCGGGGCCGGCACCUACGUUGGCCUGACCUGCAAGGGCAUCGACCGGAAAGGGGAGGAGCGUAACAGUUGCAUUUCUGGAAACAACUUCUCCUGGAGCCUCCAUUGGAAUGGGAAGGAGUUCACGGCCUGGCACAGCGACACGGAGACCCCGCUCAAAGCCAGCCCUUUCCGGAGGCUGGGGAUCUAUGUUGACUUCCCGGGAGGGGUCCUUUCCUUCUAUGGCGUAGAGCCUGACGCCAUGACUCUGGUUCACAAGUUUGAGUGCAAGUUUUCAGAGCCGGUCUACCCUGCCUUCUGGCUUUCCAAGAAGGAAAACUCCAUCUGGAUUGUGGAUCUGGGAGAGGAACCUGAGAAGCCAGCGCUGACUUCAGUGGAGGCUGCUGCCUAGACCCCAGGCUCUAUAUCCUAGACUUUUGCCAACCACGAAGAUGGGGCAGCAGCCUGGAUUUUAAGGGUGACUUGGAGGCAGAGAUCUCUGCCAGUGGUGGCUGGCUUUAGAAAUCAUGUGGUCCCUGCAUGAGCCUUCUCCCUUUUGCUCCAUGCUGCGCUGUUCUCCAUAUGUCUGUGGUAAUCCU